GCAGCCCAAGCUCGUAAAACCAGCCCAAGGGUAUUUUAGUCACUAAAAACCUAUAUAAAGUGACAAUAAUUAGGGUUUCUAUCGUAUCUGCCCGGACCAUCUUUAACAUCUUGCGACAGAGCUGCAUCCUCUUCCUCCUUGCUCUCAGAGAUGGCCAAGUCAAAGAAUCACACUGCUCACAACCAGUCUUACAAGGCCCAUAAGAAUGGGAUCAAGAAGCCUAAGAGGCACCGUCACACCUCCACCAAAGGGAUGGAUCCCAAGUUUUUGAGGAACCAGAGGUAUGCCAGGAAGCAUAACAAGAAGAGCGGUGAGACAGCUUCCGAGGAAGAGUAAAGGGGCUCUUUGUUUCCUAUUUCCAUGUUAGGGUUUAUUUAAUAGAGUAGUAUUUUACUGGGCUUUGCUUUAAUGGCUAUGCUGUUAAUGUCAUUUUCAUUUUUGGGUUAAUUGUUGCUGGAACUUGUUUAAGAUUGUUAAGUCUUAUGGGUCUAUCCUUGUUCUUGGUUUCUUUUUAAUGAAAUGCUUUAUCUUUUUUUGUUCUUUUUU